AUGGCAGACGAGAUUGCAAAAGUAUACCAACCACCUGUCGAGGACAAGGAUCUAGCCGAUACGAAUACCGUCACUCAAGGUUUCGAAUACGAUGAAUACCCGCCUUCUGGAAAAGACGCAGCUCAUAUCCCCGCAAAUGCAUAUGAGGUAGAUCCGUUCAGCGCUCAGCGAGCAGAUCAUGAGGAAGACUGUGUGGAUUUCAGGUCAAUGGGCUGGGUGCAAGCCGGUCUCGUUGCUACCGCCGAGAACAUCGCUCUGGGUGCUCUCUCUUACCCCUCCAUCUUCCUUCGUCUUGGAAUGGUCGGUGGUUUGAUUGCCAAUGUCGGUCUCGGUGUUCUAGCGUAUAUCACAGCUUGGAUCAUGAUUGAUUUCAAGAUGAAGCAUAUGGGAGUUAUGCAUUUCGCGGAUGCCGGUGGCUUGCUUUUUGGACCUUGGGGUAGACGGAUACUAGGUGCUGGUAUGGUUGCCAAAAGUAUCGGUUUGGGUGGUUCGCACGUUCUGGCCGGAAGACAGGCGCUUAAUACCCUCAGUACGAACGCGAUAUGCAGUGUUUGGUACGCUCUUAUUAUUGCUUUCGUCAGUGUUAUGAUGUCUACCAAUCGAGAAUUCGGCAAGCUGGCUCCUCUUUCUUGGCUUUCUGUGUCUUGUAUUUUGAUCGCAUGCAUGAUCACCAUAGUAGCUACUGGAGUGCAGAGCUCCAGCGUGCUGGUGAAGCACGGGGUUCCUAUAGAAUGGCACGCAACCCCUACUAAUCCUAAUCUGAUGGAUGUGAUUGGGGCUCUUACAAACGUUGUCUUUGCCUACGGUGGUAACAUGGGUGUUUUCAGUUGGUGCUCAGAGAUGAAAAACCCAAAUGACUUCAAAAAGUCGUUCCUCAUCACCCAAGGUUUAGGAAUUAUUGUUUAUUGUAUCGUAGGGGCGACCAUCUAUGCUUUCGGAGGCCAAUACGUGACUUCCCCUGCUUUCACCAUGACUACCAAGCCUGUUCGGAUCACUGCAUACGCUUUCGCCCUCGUAACCAUCUUGAUCUCGGGUAUUGUCGGUCUCAACGUCGGCGCAAAAUACCUUUACGUAAAUACUUUCCGAAAAUCUCGAUUACUCACCAGUAAAGGUCUUCGAGCUCGGUUGGCCUGGGUAGGAAUAGUCACUGUCAUGUGGAUAGCUGCCUUUGUCCUCGCCGAGUUGAUUCCAUUCUUCAAUCAACUGCUCACUAUCGUAUCGUCGCUGUUCAGUGUGUGGUUCUCAUACGGUCUUUGUGGUGUUAUCUGGUUCUACAACAAACACCCUUAUUACGCGCACGAUGGCGAAAUUAGGUCUAUGACUGGUUUCUGGCCUAAAUUCUUCAUGGGGUGUGCGAUACUUUCUAUCGCUCUCAGUAUCGCUAUUACCCCUCUCGGCCUUUACAGUGCUAUACAAGGAAUCAGAGAUGGCUAUUCCGCUGGUACUUUUACUCAUCCUUUCUCUUGUUCUUAA